AUUCGUUCACAAGGCGGACCUCGCUGGUCUCCGCUGGCUCGCCACAACUGAGAAAGCCACACGCAGCAGCGCCACUGUCUGCACGUCCUCUCACGUUAACGUUACCGUAUUCAGUCCAACAUGCCGUCGAAUCAAAAUGUACAAGGAGGGAAGGCGUUUGGAUUACUGAAAGCUCAACAGAGAGAGAGACUGGAAGAAGUAAACAAGGAAUUCAUGGAGGAUCAGAAGUACCGGGAUGAGGAGGAUUUGGCUGAGAAGCUGGAUUCCUUCAAAAACAAAUAUGCAGAAUUCGACCUGAACGACCAAGGAGAGAUUGAUAUGAUGGGCCUGAAAAGGAUGAUGGAGAAGCUGGGAGUACCCAAGACCCAUCUGGAGAUGAAAAAGAUGAUUUCAGAGGUGACUGGGGGCAGCAGUGAUACCAUCAACUACAGAGACUUUGUCAAGAUGAUGCUUGGCAAGCGCUCGGCUGUGCUUAAACUUGUGAUGAUGUUUGAGGACAAAGCUAACAGCGACACCUGCAAACCUGAGGGUCCACCCCCCAAACGUGACAUCGCCAGCCUACCGUAGACAACCAUGUGGCCAGCCCUGCAUCUGCAAUCCCCACCCAUUUCACACCAAGGGGCUAUAGGCACAUAGCCUUACCCAGCAUCUUUUGCUAGAACCCAGGGGAAGAAAAAAUAAUCUGUGGUUCAAAGAAGGUCAGAGGGAAAAAAAGAAAGAUAACUAUCUAUAUAUAUAUAUUUGCUGUGAAGUGGUCAAACUGCAGAGUAGCUUUUUAUAACUAAACAAAUGUAUAUAUUUAUAUGAAAAAUAGGUCUUUUUGAAGAGCGCUCAUCCCUGUUGAAUCAUUUCAUAAAAUGAACAAAAGUGUGUUUGGUAAGAGUUAUCGCUCUUACUGUGAGUGAAGUAACAGUGAAGUGCAGUGUGUAACAUUUGAACAUGUGCGUGUGGGAUGAGAACCCUUUUUUUAUGUCUUAAGACGUUAAACAUUUUAAUCUAGAAUUAAGAUGGUGUUAAGGUGUCCGCCCUCCCUCCACACCUAUUCGUUUUGAGUGCUUUUAGAAUUAACUGGAUAAGUCUAAUGAGCUUGAAGCGUUUAGUCUUAAAUUACCAAUAACCUUUUGUCGCAGUCUAUACAGUCAAGCGUGCACUAGUGUAGUGUCAAACCUGUGGGCAGGGCCGUUUUGUAGUAGGGCAAAAAGAUAUUAAAGCAGAUGCUAUGAUAAUGACAUAUGUGUUGAUGUUGUGAUGGUACUGAAUUGUUUGUGAGCAGUUUCUUGGUUACAGUGAGUGGAAGUCUGUGAUGUGAAAUUCUGUUGACAGAAGCAGAGAGGGACCGAGAAAGCAAGGAAGGAAGUUCCACAGGCUUUUUGCUGAAAGAGCAAGUAGAGCAGUUUGCAUUCCUUCGAGCUUAAAUACCUCAUAGGCCUCCCACACUCACUCUUUCUCCCUCCAUGUUCUCUUUUUCAUCCCUGUCUGUGGUUCACUUGUCCCAGUUAAAAUGUGACAUUGUAUAGUAUUUUUAUAGUAUAACACACUGUUGGCUAAGCACAAACAAUAAGAGAAUAUUUUGUGGUUUCCACACAUCUAGGGCCUGUUUUUUUGUCACGGCUGAAACAUCACACUUGGAAAAAUGUGUCAUUUCUGUGAGUGUGCGUAGUCGGGCUCGUUUCAUGACGCCUGUGUGUUCGUUACAGUGCCGCACAGAGCAUUCAGCAUCUGCGCACUGUAAAUUAAUCUGCAAUCAGUCUUUCCAAGUGCCUCACGUAUUUUCACGUAGCCAGAUCGAGCAUACCAGUGAAGCUCAGAUAGUUCGCUAAUGAAAAUAGUGUGUAUGUGUGGUCGUAUUGUUAUAGUGCAGAGAUGCUUUUGGGUCCAUUCUGGGAAUAUUUUUUUAAAUGCUGCAGUGUCCUUAUUUUUAAAUUGUUUUUUUCCCUCCACCCCUCCCCCUCAAAUGUAGCUUUUGCUCAACUAGCUGUUUUAGUUUUCCCUAGUGUAGAUCUUUUUUUGGUGUUUUUGCUUUGUCCUGCUUUUCACUCCAGAUCAGCAGUUUCACAUCCAUCUCCUUUGGUAGGCGUCAAUUUAGUGCUUUUACAGAACUGCAGUCCAUUCUGCACGAGGCAGGUUAAGUUGUUUUACUGCCACAGUGCUGCUUUGUCCAGCUAGACAACAAACAUAAGCGGUUUAGAUUUCCCAGUGAAGCUUUUGAUCUAAUUCUUCAAGCUUCUUAUUCACUUCUCAUAUAUUUCAAAUAAUGCAUUUCAAACGGUUUUACUAUGGGCUUCAUUUUUGUGUAGAAAAUGUUGGGUGCCUCUUGUUUUACUUUUGAUUUUAUUUCCAUGCUCAUUUUCCUAUAAAAAUCAUGAAUAUGAAAUAGCAGCUACACUGUAUUGGACAAUUAUUAUUACUUUGUUCUUUCAGCAUAUGAAUAAAUGCAGGCAUUUUUUUAAGGUUGUAGGUCAUCUGUGUAACACGUUUUCCUGUUUUUGCAUACACCAAAGGAAGUAAAGAUCUUAGUUACACAGAAA